AUGUUUCUUCUUCUACGCCUACGAUCCCUCCCUGCUCCGAUCCGCCAUUGCUUCUCCCACAAUACGUCGUCUCUCUCCUCCGCUGCUGGGAGUGUCCCAUAUCCAAUCCCAAGGUAUCCGUCGUCAGCGCCGCCGCAUAAGGAGAAGGAGGACAUAAUGUGGAAACUCGAUAGCUCUGCCUCUCACGUACACGCAAGAGUCAUGAUGAUGAUCAAGCUGUCGAAUCUCGAUGCGGCAGCGGAUCAGGCGCUUCUCACAGUCUCGGCGGCAAGAGACGGAUCAUCAUCUUCAUCUUCAUCUUCCACCGCCACCUGCGACGCAAUCAUCGGCGCCAUGUGUCGUGCGGGACGGUACAAGGAAGCGUUCGAAUACUUCCAUUACUUUUUCAAUGAAUCAAGCCUGAAACCAAACAUAUCCUGCUUCAAUCACAUCAUCGGAGCUCUCUGCCACCAAGGUCGUGUUGACGAGGCUCUCCGAUUUCACCGCCUCUGCUCUUCACCCAACGGAGAAACGUACAGCUUAUUGGUUAAAGGAUUGGUUGAUGCGGGAAGGAUUCAAGAAGCAGAGGCUUUAAUCAUGUCCAAACCUCAGUUGAGUCCGGUUGUUUUCAAUCAUCUUAUCCGUGGGUUUUUGGAUCAGGACAAACUCGAAACCGCCUUGGACGUUUUCAGACAUCUCAAACAAAGGCUUGUCUCGCCUGCAGAUGAUGAAAUUGCCGACUUGGUUCAUCUUAUCAUCGAUGAGGAUUACAAUGGAAUCGCGAUGGUGACUGCUACAUUCGUAGAGUAUUGGUUCAAAAAAGGUAACGAUGAAGAAGCUAUCAACUGGUACACAUCUUUGUUACGCAAGAGAUUCGUAAUGGACGCCAUUACUGGGAACAUUCUUCUGCGAAUUCUUCUUAACUACGGCAAGAAAACACAAGCUUGGGCAUUGUUUGAUCGGAUGCUGCUGGAGGACCAUCAGUUUAAUGCAGAGACAUGUAACAUAAUGGUCAACGCAUGUUUUGCCAACUCGAGGUUUAAAGAAGCAGUCGAUACUUUUCAUCGAGUGGGAAACAACAUCGAUGGCUCACAGCUUUGUUACAGGAACAUAAUUAGUAGAUUCUGUGAGCAGGGUAUGUUGUCUGAAGCAGGUGCUUUCUUUGAAGACAUGUGUUCCAAGCAGUUCAUCUUCCCAGACAUCCCCACUUAUAGGAUAUUGCUCGAUGCCUAUGCUAAUGCAUCCAGAUUCCAUGAUGCUGAACGGAUGGCGAACCUUACCGUUGAUGUGAAUCUCAAGUGUAUUGCUAAGUUUUGUUCCCUAGAUUGUUAA